AUGGUGCGCUCAGCGCAGCACGUCCAGGAGCGCCCACCUGGCCGUCGCCGGCGCCCGCGCCGACGCGGCACCCCGGCGCGCCUCAUCGCGGCCGUCGUCGUAUGCUGCCUCUUGACGCGCGCGUCGGCCAAGCGCUGCUCUGCGGACGGCCCGGCUUAUGACAUUGACGGCCGAUUCAAGCAGGUGGUGCCGGCGGGCUGGCGCCUGGCCCCAGCUUAUGUGAUGAGAGAAAACAUGGUGUUGACGAAAUGCCCCUUGUACGGGAAUUACAGCAGCUUGUACGGCCUGAAAUGGUGCUGCCAGUACUACCCCGACUGGAGCGGCCGCAGCGGCCAGGUCCUGCGGGGCGGCGCGCCGCGCGCGCCGGGCGGCGCCGGCGCGUGCCUCAGCCGCCACGAGCUGAUGGCGGCGGCGUGCGUCGCGCAGCAGGGCUGCGCGGCGUUCUCAGGGGACCACCUUUACCUCAGGCCCGUCCCAAAGCCAGGUGGGCGGACGUGGACGGACGUCCCCUCGGCGCCAUACUGGCAGCGCUGCAGCCCGGGCGAGCCCUGCCCGCCCACCUUUGUUCUCGUCGACCUAUCGCCCAAGCCAUACGGCCGCGGCAACUGCAAGCGCGGCUUCCGGCUGUACGCGACAGACGGCAACGUCACGAUGGAGCGCGCGUCCUACGCCGCCUGGCCCAACCACUACCGGCGGCAGCCCUACUUCAUCGGCAGCUGCACCCAGUUUGAGGGGUUCAUAGGCGGGAAGCUGCCGUACAGGAUACUGCAGCAGUUUUACGCCUUCAAGACCAAGCAGUUCACCUGGAGCAACGAGGACCCCUGCCCGCUCUGCAAGCUCCAGCAGUCGCCAAAGGCGCGUGCCACGUGCAGCCUGUGCCGGUGA